AUGGAUAGUAAGUCAAUGGUGGAUCCAUCAGAGUUUGGACGUAAUGUAUAUGUGGCCAGUCUUCCUCUUAGUUUUGAUGAUGAUCAGCUAUUUAAUCUUUUUGCUCCAUAUGGUUCUAUUAACUCUGCACGGAUUAUGCGAUCGAAAGGAACACGGCAGUCAAAAGGCUACGGCUUUGUUUUGUACAAAAAUCCACGUUCUGCUGAACUGGCCAUAUCAAAUCUUGUUGGGCAUGUAAUAGAUGGAAACAGAAUCCAGGUCCGCCUAGCACAUCCUGACGCUUCCAUUGCAUACACCGGUCAUCGAGGAUCGAAAAGUAACAGCUCUACACCAAGCAGUCGUACUUUGCAGGUAUCAACAACUACGCCGCAGCCGCAGCCGCAGUUACCAACAGAGGCACUUCUACAGACUCAGACGAUGGUAUCGCAGUGUACAGAUCCUUCUAUGAUGAUGCCAACAUACCCUGUUUCCGCACUUUACCCAACAAUGUACCCACCUGUGGUUCCUUCUGUUGUGAGCACCGCCUCUGCAUCUCCUAUGCCCAAUGUUUUUACACCACAAGUAAUGUUAGUUCCACAAUUUAAUUCAAAUAUGCAGCAGAUGACAGCCCAGCCAACGUUUUACAUGGUGAUUCCGGAUAAUGGAACAACAAACCCUGCUCUCGUGUAA